AUGUCCUCUAGCUCCUAUAUGCCGUCGUCUGAUGCUUCUCAUGAGUCUCACACUCCAGCUUCACAAUGUUUUGGACAUAGUACACCAUCUCGCUUUCACAAGAGGGCUGAGCAUCGGCAAGCCUAUCUGAACUCUAUUUCAAGCAGAACAAUUCAACAGUUUUAUGAACACAGUGGAGCAUUAGACUCACAAACUACCGAGUCACAAUGGGAAAAUAAAGUCUAUGAUACGCAUCGCACACCACCCAGGACUGCGACAGGUAUGUUACUUCGACAGGUGCAGAAUAUCGAACUGCCGUCUCUCUGCGAGAGCGAGAGUGAGAAGGCAUCAUGCAAAACAGGAAAGACGGUUAGACAUGAGGACGUGUUUCAGGUUCUCCAUGAAGGCGAUAUAACUUUGGUUGAGCCUACCGAUGGUGGAGGAGAAUUGGGGAAAGUUACCUCUUGGUUGAAAGCAACAGCAGCCGAUGAUGACGAACAUGACAUUCCUAUUGCUUCCAGUCCUCUGCAAAUGCCCAUGCUGAGCAUGAUGUCCAAUUUAGAAGAUUACAAUGCGGCCAUAGGCUACACUGGAGGUGCACAGCUGCCAUUGGGUGCAUCCGAUGGACCUGAUAUUCCAGCAUCAGUACAUGACACCAAUGGACCUGAUAUUCUGGCAUCAGUAUGCAAUGCCAGUCCCGCACACCCGGAUGAAUGGACACGGGCUCUGCAGCCAGGAGAGAUCCAGAUCCUUUUGGCCGUGCACUCACUUGUAGAGGAAGAGACAGAGGCCAUAUGA